AUGGUUGCCCACGCUUAUACCGUGUUGUCUGUUUUCUCUCUGGUCUCUCUGACGUGUGGAGCCGAGAAGACCUAUGGGGUGGAUCAAGUUGCGCAUCCCAAUAACAUGGGAACCGUGCGUGGGGUCUCGGCUAUCAACUUAGAUACUAUUAGACAAGAUUAUGAAAGCCUCUACAACUACGAGCACUACGACCCAGGCCUCUACAACUACGAGCACUACGACCCAGGCCUCUACAACUACGAGCACUACGACCCAGGCCUCUACAACUACGAGCACUACGACCCAGGCCUCUACAACUACGAGCACUACGACCCAGGUUUCUACAACCACGAGCAGUACGACCCAGGUUUCUACAACCACGAGCACUACGGCCCAGGUUUCUACAACCACGAGCACUACGACUAA